AUGGCAGCCCCAGACCGGCAACUAAAGGGCAUUCUGAAAAAGCCGUCUGCACCUGCACCCGACGUCAGUGACAAUGUCGACGACGUGGAGGACGAUGGCCGUGGCGCCGUGACGCGGUCCGCCACACACAGCCGUCGUGUGCGGUCCGAGCAGGAGAACGCUGAGAUUGCGAAGAAGCACGCCGCCAUCCUUCAGCAGCGCCGUGAGCUCGAGUCGGCCAUCUUUCUAUCCAUCGAGACGCUCACCGAAUUGCCACGCGUGAAGGGCGCGGGAUUCUCAGCUGCCACGCCGGCUGACGAAGAUGUCGAAAAAUUCACAAGCCUCGUGCGCAUCUUCCAGCCGACCGACUACGACGACCUCAUCGAGGAGCGCAACACAUAUGGUCACUGCGGCUAUGUGCUGUGCCCCAAGCCGCGGCAGACAUUUGCCGGCAACGGGACCUGGAAACUGGUCAACGCAGGGCGCAAGGAUUUUGGCAUUGUCGCUAAGAAAGAAAUCGAAAAGUGGUGCUCGUCACAGUGCGCACGGCGGGCAUUGUACAUCAAGGUGCAGCUCAACGAGACGGCAGCGUGGGAGAGAGCAGGCAUCCCGGACAUUCGCAUCGAGUUAAUGGACGAGGGUACGCCAAAGGGCAAGAAGGCUGCAGAAGUUGGAACCGCAGAGGCGGCAGCGGCCAACGAGGCCCAGCUGGCGCAAGACCUGGCCCGGCUCAAACUUGGAGAGGAGCGCCGGCUGGCACAAAAUGCAAAUGCACUGGCCAUGGAGCGCGGCGAUGCGGGACACGCCGGUGUUGCCGCUGCGCUGACUGACCUGGACGACAAUAACAACGACCAGCCACCACGGAUCGUGCCUCCAAUGCCGACGGCUCUCGUCGACGUCAACAUUGUAGAGAAGAAGGUGAUUACGGCGCCGACACCGCCAACAUUGGAAACGGGAGAUGCUUCCGGCAGCACGGGCGGUGAUACUUCGCACAUGGUCGUCGAAGGCCACAAGAUCAGAUUCCGCUAUGAUUAA